CUAUAUAGUUAAUAUAUAUUAUAAUACACAUAGAAUAUAUCUAUAUCAGACUAUAUCUAUAUGCAUUUUUGUAUUAUAUAAAACUAGAAGCUGUUGUCUUCUUCAUAUUCGAUUAGGGUUUCUUCAACAAAUUCAUCUCAAUUUGCUAAUUAUUAUCCUAUUGAUUAAUCGAAUUCACACUUCAAACAUCUUCAUGUAAUCACUUCAGGUGUAAUGAUAGAGAUUAAGAUUAUUGAGUGGCGUAUUCGUUUAACUGACGAAACAGGAUGAAUUCUUCAUCGACUCAGUUUCUCAACUUCAAGAGGAUGGAUGUGUAUGAGCCGAUGCACCAGUUUAGUAUGUGGGGAGAUUUUAAAGGUAACAUCUAUCAAGAUGCAGCUGCAACCAUGAUUAUAGAGAUGGAUGCAAAGCUAGAUAACCAGCUGUCGGAGGAUGCAUCACAUACAACAAAUGGGCCUUCGAAUCAGUGUGAUCAAGAAGCUAGUAAACCGGUUGAUAAGGUUCUGAGACGCCUUGCACAAAAUCGUGAGGCAGCUCGAAAAAGUCGAUUGCGGAAAAAGGCCUAUGUUCAGCAGCUGGAAGCUAGUCGCUUGAAACUGCUUCAACUUGAACAAGAACUUGAACAAACUAAGGCACAGUGUGCUUUAAUGAGUGGUGGAGUCAAUGCUAGUCAGCUUGGGUUCCAUGGAGCUGCAACCUCAGGCCUCUUAGUGACACCUGCAGGAAUUAGUGCAUUUGAGUUAGAAUACGAGCAGUGGGUUGAAAUACAAAAUAAAAAAACUACCGCUUUAAAGUCAGCAUUGCAUUCAGCUUUACCCGAUCCCGAGCUUGAUAUACUCGUCAAGGACACGUUAAACCACUACGCGAAUCUCUUCAACAUUAAAGCAACUGCAGCAAAGACUGAUGUCUGCUAUCUCAUAUCCGGCGUCUGGAAAACAUCAACCGAACGUCUUUUCUUGUGGAUUGGAGGCUUUCGACCUUCAGACCUUCUUAAGGUUCUUGUACCGCAACUUGACCUGUUGGACCAACAAUCACAUGAUCUGUAUAACCUGACUCAAGCAUGCCAGCAAGCCGAAGAUUCUCUCUCGCAAGGAAUGGAAAAACUUCAGCAAACUCUUGCCGAGGCUGUGGCGUGUGGUCAAGAGUUGGGUGGCGGUGGCUACGAGAUGCGUAAUGCGAUGGAUAAAUUAGAAGAGCUAGUAAGGCUCGUUAUUCAGGCGGAUUUCGUUCGUCAUGAAACCCUACAACAGACGCUACGCUACCUAACCACCCGACAAGCCGCGCAAGGGUUAAUCUCGUUAGGUGAGUAUUUCCAUCGCCUUCGUGAACUUAGCUCGGCCUGGGCUAUGCGGCUUUGUGAACCUGCUUAGUUAUUCGUCUUGAACCCACCGCACCAUGCUAGUGGCCGACUGGUCUGUGUAUAAAGAUAUGGAAUCAUAGCCUAUAGUAGUAUUUUGGCAGUUUUUCAUAAGCCUUCCACAAUUGAGGAGUUAUAUAUCAUAUUUGAUCAUCAUCAUCAUCAUUACCGUCGUCGUCAUCAUCAUCGUCGUCAUGUCGAAAGUAGCAGUGUGUAAGCAGGAGUCUUUUGUGCUUGUAUAGUUUAUAUACACAUGGAGAUAAGUUUUGGUGAGAAUUCAAGACAUGGAGGUUGUUGAAUUAAGACAAUUGUUUGUUGUAUGGUUUAUACAUUGUACAAAGUAGGAUCCUCAGUUUGUUUGAAGCUUACUAAAAAGAUGUUGAGAGUUUGAUAAGAAAACAUUUCUGUACAUGUUAAAAGCUAAGAGUUUGUGCUUGUUGCAAUUA